CCAAAUACGCCGCACCGCCAUAUCCUACGCACGCUCUUCAAUCUCCACGUGCCCCUCCAAGUGUCACUCCCGCGUACCUCCCACCGCCACGUGGCCCUCCUCCCAAUUAAUUAAUUAAUUUAAAAAAAAAACACCCCUAGACACAGGUCACAACCUACCAAAAUUAAAAACUAUAUCCACACUCUCCUUUACCAUCCAAAUAUAUAUAUAUACAUUAACAACAGUUAACCCGUCUUCUCCUUCUAUUUUUCGGGUUCUUUCUGUUCUGACUCUUUUUGAGUUUUGCUACGAUAAAGAUUCAAACCAAUUAUUCUGAUUAUUGUUAUUAUUAUUACUACUACUACUACUGUGAUAGGAAUAAUGUCGGGCCUGUCACUGGCGGUGGCCCCGCGGUCGCAUCCGGAACCGCCUGCAGCUGCGGCGUCGUCGGGGCCGGGGAAAAGGCCACAGCAGCAGCAGCAGCAGCAGCAGGCGGUGAUGGGCGGCGUGAUGGGGUCGCUGCGGGUGAUCGAGCUGCAGCUGGUGGCGUUCAUCAUGGUGUUCUCGGCGAGCGGGCUGGUGCCGCUCAUCGACCUCCUGUUCCCGGCCUUGGCGACGCUGUACGUGGCCGUGCUGUCGCGGCUGGCGUUCCCGGCGCACCGGGGGGCGGGGUCGGCGGAGUCGGCGGGGGAUGAGGAGAUAUUCCGGGGGCGGGGGUGGUUCCGGGGGUACGUGGUGGUGGGGACGACGGUGGGGCUGUUCCUGCCGCUGGCGUACGUGCUGGGGGGGUUCGCGCGCGGGGACGACCACGCGGUGCGGUCGGCGACGCCGCACCUGUUCCUGCUGUCGUGCCAGAUACUCACGGAGAACGUGGUCGGCGGGCUGGGGAUCUUCUCGCCGCCGGUGCGGGCGCUCGUGCCCAUGCUCUACACCGUCCGGAGGGUCUUCGUCGUCAUCGACUGGGUCCACGACGUCUGGAUCAACAAGGCCCUCCCCGCCACCGCCACCGCCACCGCCAACCUUCAGGAUGUUGGGUGGAUGUGGUUCGGGAGGUCACUUGCGGUGGCCAACUUGGUCUACUUCUCCGUCAACCUGCUCGUGUUCUUGAUCCCGCAGUUCCUGCCGCGGGCUUUCGAGAUGUACUUCAAGCAGCGGGACGGGGCCGAGACCGUCGCCAAGGCCGCCGAGGACAAGCAGGCGGCCAAAGAUAACGUCAGGGCCUCCACGGAGGACGCCGGAAGGACCGGCAAAGAUCACGCCCCGGCGAGCAAGCCCGACCACUCCAAGAAAACAGAGUAAACGUUGGAGCUGAGUUGAGUUUGAAUUCGCGUCAAAGGAGCAGGUUUGUGUUGUGUGGUGUGUAAUCUUAAUUUGGUUGUGUACGUUUCUUUCAUGUACAUGAAUGGAUGAAGCGAUUGACUUUGUUUGCGGUAUAGUUUUUUAGGCCUUUUUUUUGGAAACAGUUUAAA